CAAAAUACUAUGCUUAGCAAAAGAUUAGUGGCAGGGUAAACCACAACCUCUGAGAUCAGGAACGACCUCUUCUAGCUUCCUCGUGGACAGGUUUAUCAGCAUUUGCCUAUAUUCUGUGGGAAAAGAAGAAGAAAUAAAAGAAAAUCACUCAACUUUUGAAAAUAAUGUUCAAAAUGAAAAAUGAGAUAGACAAUGAAUCUGAUUCAGAAAAUGAAGUUGUGGAUUAUACCAUCUUGUCCAGAAAAGACCUUGAUAGAUUAGAGGUCCCUAGACUUGAGAUCCCUAUCUCAGUACAGCAAAUCAUCUCUAAGAUUCAGCAAGCGCAGCUCUAUCGAGCCAGACAGGACAUUAAUAUGCAGCUGGCUGAUAUAAUGCAAACUGUGCAGCAGAAAAUAAGACCCUACACUGUUGAUGAGAAUGUGUACCCUAGAAGGAAAAUCUCCCUUACAGAACAGAAGAAAUGGAGAGUAAAUUUCCUGGGGAAAAUAGCUGCUCAUGCUAAUUCUGUUGAAAUUAAAGAAAAGACACUUGUCCACAUCCUGGCCUGGCUGAAAGAAUGGAAUGCCAUUUUGUCUGAGAUGACCGAAUUUGACAUUGAUGAACACCACUACUGGAUAGCACAAAUGGAGCUUUUACCAGAAACAUUCAAAGCAAUUGAGAGCAAUGUCAAGAUACUGAGUCGAACUACUGCCAUUUUGCUUGAAGAACAGAAUCAACAAAAGAAAAAAAUAACGACCAGAGGUACUCUAUGGAAAUCUUGGAAAGAAAGAGUUAUAAAGCGACCUGCAACAGCCCAUGCUUUAAGAUCAGAUCAGAUGAUUAGUGAUGAAUUCGCAACAAAUACAAAGGUUUCAGAAAUCCAAGGUAUGCUACAGGAACUUGUAAAAACUGCAAUGUUCAAUAAAUUGGAAAACAGUGCUAUUAAAUAUAUAUCAUCGACAAUAAAAAACCUUUCUAUAGCAUUGAGUUCACUAAAGGAUGAAUUAAAAGUUAACUUCCAAAAUGCCAAUAUGUAUAUGAAUGAGAUAAGUGGAGGAGAAAAAGAGGUCUCCCUAAAGAUAAUACAAGAGCUCAGUAAAGAAAAUGAAAUGCUUCAGCAGAAACUUCAAGAUGCAGAAGAAAAAUGUGAACAACUUAUUCAAUCCAAAGUGUCAACAGGGUCACUCACAUCAAACUUGAAAGUAUCACCUGAGCCUUCUCCACAAUCAUCCACGACCAGUAGCAAGGCUGAUAAAGAAGAGAGUAUAGAUAGUAUUUUAGCCAAAGAGUUUGAAAAUAGUAUGGAAGAGGCCCAAAGCAAGGGUACCAAAGCCUCAGGGAUCAAGUGGGACUCAGGUAUUUUAUACACAGCCCAAGAUGAAAUGACUCCAGAUUUAACUGAAGAGCAAUCCCUUCUACCUGAGAAAGUAGAGAAAACACCUUCUGAAGAUAUCACUAAAGGUAAGAGAUCACUGAAGAAAGGUGAUGUCUAUGAGAAAGGUGGGACUGAUCAGUAUCAAUCACAGAAAACAGCGAGCGCAAAGAGCCCAUAUGUGCAGGAGACCUCUGGAUCUACUCUGAGUGAUGAAAAAGGUAAAGAGAUAGUCUCAGAGACCAAAGUUGAUCACCACUUUGAGCUACCAGCACUGGAAAAGAAGGGUAAAGAAAGAAAAUUCCUUUCUGAAGCCAAAUCAAAGUCAUUCACUGAAUCAAAAAUUCAGCGUGUUUCUGCUGAUUUCCCUUCAACUGACACAAAGAGCCAAGAUGGCAAAAGUGCACCUAAUGUAUGGGACCGACUCAGGAAUAUGAAACUUGAACAUAUACUUGAGAAAAGCCAAAUUUCUUCAGAGAUUCAAGAGAAGCCUGCCACAGAGUCAACGGACAAAGAAAGCAAAAGUGAUAUGAGUAGCCAAGCACAGCCAUACAUUUCCACCCAACUUGAUCGUCCCUUUGAGAAAGUAAAAAGGAAAGGAAAAAAACAUCACAUCUCUCCAGAAACUACCAUAAGCAAAGAAGGAAAAACUGCAGAGAAGGACAUGUCAGUUUUCGCCAAGAAGCUCAAGUCUCAUGAACUUGUUAAGCCACAAUCUAGGGUAACUAAAGAGACUUCAGAAUCUACUCAAGUUCUAGGAAGUUCAGAUGGCAAAAUUGAACAGAGUAAUCUAGAAGACUUUCAUAAAGCCAUAAUGGCUUUCUUAAAAGAGAAAAUUGAUAACACAGGAAAGCCUUUGGAUAAAAAAACUGUGCCAGAAGAAGAGUUAAUGCUAAAAAAAGCAGAGGUGGAGAAAUUAGGAAUCAUAAAGGCAAAAAUGGAGGAAUAUUUCCAAAAUGUGGCUGAAACUGUGACAAAAAUCUUAAGAAAAUAUAAAGACAUAAAAAAUGCAGGACACGUUGGAAAGAAACCUAUUAAACGAAAAAAGGCAGUCUUACGUAUGCCAGGAUUGCAUUCUCAGAAGCCAAUUAGUGCAAUGUCUGAAAUGAGCUCCUUAUUGUCAUCUGUGAGCAUGGACCCAGUCACUCACAGUGUGAUACAAGCAAUCUUGACAGAAAUAGGAAGUGAAAUAGGUGCUCCUGUAGCCUCAAUAGCAGGGACAGGGCCUGAGAAGGAAAAACAAAGACAGGAGGAAUAUCUGCAAGAAGUUCAAGGAAAAGGUUUUGAUAUGGAUCUUAAAUACCAGUUGCCAGAAGAAAGGAAUCUCUGGAAGACAAGCUAUGAGAUGACAAGGAAGAAUUUGGAUAAGGAAAAGGCAUGGCUCCAGAUGAAGGAGGGAAAGCAAGAGCAGGAGCUGGAGGAAGCAUGGAAGGAAUGGCAAAGACAGAGGAUGCAAAAGCAGACUCAGCAAGAUGAGAAGCAAAAGCAAAUGGAAGAGGAGAAAGAGGAGCAGAAGCAAAAGCAGCAGCUGGAAGCAUGGAGGCAAAAAAUCAAAGGGCAAGGAAUACUCUUGGAGAAGAACAAGGGACAGCAGAUGGGGCAGAUUCAGAAAGAAGUCAAACAUCUGAAGCAAGAAAGUAGUUGGGAGGAGGAUGAAGAGAAGCGGAAAUCAAUGAGAAAAGUAGAGGAACAUGAAAGUCGGUGGCAGAAAAAAGUAAAGGAGCGGAUGAAGAUUAAGGAGGAAAACAUUGAAGAACUUGGAAAGGUAUUAGGCCACACUUCAGUGACGUUGGCUCCCAGAUGGAAGAACAUGUGGAAGAAGGCGUAUCAGUUACAGAAAAGAAAAGAGUCGCAUGUAAAUCUUAAGACACCAGAGACUCUUGUUGAAGAGCACUCCAUGCCAAUCAUUCCUCCCACCUCCACACAGUCUUCCUCACCUGAGCCCUUUCCUAUUUCUGGAAAGUCUCCCACAAAGUCCAUUGCUGUCAUUCAUGAGGAGGCCCCAGCACUGGGAAUCACUCAUCCCUCUCAGCAGAUUCAAGCAUUGGGGAGUACCCCUACUCCAAAGAUGUCUCAGGGUUUAGGAGUAACUUAUCCACCUGAGCAGGCACAGGCAUUGAGGACUCCUCUCACUUUUGAACAAAUCCCCAAAUUGAAAAUUCCUUUCAAACUUCAGAAGACACAAAUACCAGAGGCCUUUCUUAUGCAGCAACAAGACCAGGCAUUGGGGACCCCUAUUAUCCCCGAGGAAAACCAGUCACUAAAGUCAUUUCUCACAUUAGAACAAGCCCAGGCAAAGCACAUCCCACUAACAGCAGAACAGGCACAGAUUUGGGGGGUCCCUAUUACCCAAGAACAGGGCCACACACAUGAGGUCAUUCAUAUCCCUCAGUGGGCCCAGACCCAGGAAAUCACAUUCACCCCCGAGCAGGUCCAGACCCAGAGGCUCAGUCUCACUGGGCAGCAGGCCCAGGCUUUUGAGGUCACUCUCACCCCUCAGCAGGCCCAGGCACUUGGGCUCACUCUCACCCCUGAACAGGCCCAGGCACUUGGGGUCACUGUCACUCCUGAACAGGCCCAGGCACUCGGGGUCACUCUCACCCCUCAGCAGGCACAGGCCCUUGGGAUCACUGUCACUCCUGAACAGGCCCAGGCACUCGGGGUCACUCUCACCCCUCAGCAGGCCCAGGAACUUGGGGUCACUGUCACUCCCGAACAGGCCCACCCACUUGGAGUCAUUGUCACCCCUCAGCAGGCCCAGGCACUUGGGCUCACUCUCACCCCUGAACAGGCCCAGGCACUUGGGGUCACUGUCACUCCUGAACAGGCCCAGGCACUCGGGGUCACUCUCACCCCUCAGCAGGCACAGGCCCUUGGGCUCACUCUCACCCCUGAACAGGCCCAGGCCCUUGGGGUCACUCUCACCCCUCAGCAGGCCCAGGAACUUGGGGUCACUGUCACCCCUGAACAGGCCCAGGCCCUUGGGAUCACUGUCACUCCUGAACAGGCCCAGGCACUCGGGGUCACUCUCACCCCUCAGCAGGCCCAGAAACUUGGGGUCACUGUCACCCCCAAACAGGCCCAGGCCCUUGGGGUCACUGUCACUCCAGAACAGGCCCAGGCACUCGAGGUCACUGUCACCCCUCAGCAGGCCCAGGAACUUGGGGUCACUCUCACCCCUGAACAGGCACAGGCACUUGGGGUCACUGUCACUCCUGAACAGGCCCAGGAACUCAGGGUCAGUCUCACCCCUCAGCAGGCCCAGGCACUUGGGGUCACUGUCACCCCCAAACAGGCCCAGGCACUUGGGGUCACUGUCACUCCCGAACAGGCCCACCCACUUGGAGUCAUUGUCACCCCUCAGCAGGCCCAGGCACUUGGGCUCACUCUCACCCCUGAACAGGCCCAGGCACUUGGGGUCACUGUCACUCCUGAACAGGCCCAGGAACUCGGGGUCACUCUCACCCCUCAGCAGGCACAGGCCCUUGGGCUCACUCUCACCCCUGAACAGGCCCAGGCACUUGGGGUCACUGUCACUCCUGAACAGGCCCAGGCACUCGGGGUCACUCUCACCCCUCAGCAGGCCCAGGAACUUGGGGUCACUGUCACUCCCGAACAGGCCCACCCACUUGGAGUCAUUGUCACCCCUCAGCAGGCCCAGGCACUUGGGCUCACUCUCACCCCUGAACAGGCCCAGGCACUUGGGGUCACUGUCACUCCUGAACAGGCCCAGGCCCUUGGGGUCACUCUCACCCCUCAGCAGGCCCAGGAACUUGGGGUCACUGUCACCCCUGAACAGGCCCAGGCACUUGGGGUCACUGUCACUCCUGAACAGGCCCAGGAACUUGGGGUCACUCUCACACCUCAGCAGGCCCAGGCACUUGGGGUCACUGUCACCCCUCAGCAGGCCCAGGCACUUGGGAUCACUGUCACUCCUGAACAAGCCCACACACUUGGAGUCAUUGUUACCCCUCAGCAGGCCCAGGGACUUGGGCUCACUCUCACCCCUGAACAGGCCCAGGCACUUGGGGUCACUGUCACUCCCGAACAGGCCCAGGAACUCAGGGUCACUCUCACCCCUCAGCAGGCCCAGGCACUUGGGGUCACUGUCACACCUGAACAGGCCCAGGCACUCGGGGUCACUCUCACCCCUCAGCAGGCCCAGGAACUUGGGGUCACUCUCACCCCUGAACAGGCCCAGGCACUUGGGAUCACUGUCACCCCUCAGCAGGCCCAGGCACUUGGGAUCACUGUCACUCCUGAACAGGCCCACGCACUUGGAGUCAUUGUUACCCCUCAGCAGGCCCAGGGACUUGGGCUCACUCUCACCCCUGAACAGGCCCAGGUACUUGGGGUCACUGUCACUCCUGAACAGGCCCAGGAACUCGGGGUCACUCUCACUCCUGAACAGGCCCCGGAACUCGGGAGGUCUUUGGGGCCCCCUCUCACCUCAGAUAAAGCCCACAUUUUAAGAUAUCCCGUUACCCCUAAGAAAGUCCAACUUUUGGGGGCUCCCUACACCCCAGGACAGGCCCACCCUAGGGAUAUUGCUCAUAUGUCUAAGCAGGACCUAAAAUCAAGAGCUCCUCCCACUAAUGAGCAGCUUUCACAACAUUGGGCUGCUCCUCCUUCAGGACAUACCCUGAAAGUGGGGACCUUUCCUGUUACUGAUAAAUCCAUCAAACCAAGUGCUCCCCACAUUCCUAAGCAAUUCCCCAUAAUGGCUCCUUCCACUCUGAAACCAUUUCAAGAAUCAAAGAUGUCUCUCCCCUCUAGGCACUCCAUUCAAUCAAAACCUAGGCAGUCUCUGGCAUCAUCAUCUAUUGCUGAGAAGUCCUCUAUAUUUGAGGUGUCUUCUACUCCUUUGCAGAUAUCAAGGUCUCCUUUUACCCAAGUCUCUGAGAAAUCCCUAGCGAAAGGGAUUGCUUCUGACCCUAAGAAGCUCCUGGUACCACCGACUUUUCCUUCCUCUGGACAGGCACUGGUUUCUAAGGGUCAGUCUGCCUCUGUGCAGUUCUUAGCACCAGAGGCCGGUCCCACCCCUGGGAAGCUCCCAGUAUCAGGGGCCCCUCCAACUCCAGAACAGCCCCUUACACUGGAUUCCCUUCUUAGCUCUAGGAAGUUCCUCAGAACUAAGGAGUCUCUGACUCCCCAGUCACCUCUUGCCCCUGGACAGCCCUUUAUAUCUGGAGUUCCACCCAUCUCCUCACAGAUUCCCAGUCUUUGGGCUCCUCUUGCUCCUGGGAAGUCCUUGGUACCUGGGGCCUCUUCUAUCCCUGAGGAGCUCAUGGAAUCUGAACCCUUAACCCUCUCUGAGCAGCACCAGACAUUUCAGCUCCCUGCCACCUAUGAGCAGUCUCCCUAUCUACAAGCCCCUUCCACCCUUGGACAGCAUCUGGCACCAUGGACCUUUCCUAGACAAGCCUCCCCACUAUGGAUCUCUCCCACCCCUAGGCAUCGUCCAGCACUAUGGGCCCCCUCAACCCCUGGAAUGCCCCAGAAAGAUUUGUCCUCUUCUGUCACUAAGAAAAGUCAGGAAAGAUUGGCAAUUAUUUCUUCUCUAAAGUCCAAAUCAGCAUUCGUCCAUCCCAGUGCUCCAAGCUCCAAAGUACCUCAAGCCCCUUUCACCACUAAAAAGUUCCAAAUAUCAGAGGUCUCUGACACUUCUGAAGAAAUCCAGAGAUUCCAUGAUCCUUUUGCUAUGGAACAAUUUAUGACAUUUCAGUCCUAUCUCACCAGUUAUAGGACACCAGGAUCACAAACCCCUUCCAUUGAUGAUGGAUACCUUCCAACUCUCAGGAAGCCUAUAACAUCACUUCCUUCUCUUCCUACUCAACUACCCAAAACAUCACAGAUUUUGCAUUCUGAAUGGGACUGGAAAUCCCGAUUCCCCCCUAUAAACAAGCCCUGCAUAAUGACUUCAGUUUCAGGCACCAAGAAACCCAAGAUGAUGGUACCUCCUUCCUCUCCCCAAGAUCUCAAAGAGCAGAGGUAUUUUGUUGACGUGGAGGCUCAAAGGAAAAACCUAAUACUCUUAAAUCAGGCUACAAAAACUUCUGGACUUCCUUCAGAGCUACACACAACUGCUAGGAAUCUCAUAAUUGAGACAUUUCAUACAGACACCGUUCGGCUGGGAUACCUAUUCCACAAGUACAUUGCCUAUAGGCUGAUCCAGCGUGCAAGAAACAACAUAAUCAAACGAUUACAAGCCAUCCAAAACAGUGGGAAAGGUUAUGAAACCCAGAACCUCUACUUAAUACUAAGCAGAAUUGACGACUACCAGAAAAAGGUGAUGGUGGUCUGGACUGAGAAGCAGAAGUCUCUAGAGCAGAAACGGAAUCAGUGUCUGAGGAAAAUGAUGUCCUUAUUUGGCCAGCUCCAACAGAUGCAUAAAUUGAAUCUUAGUCAACCUGUACCUUUGAUCAUCGACAGAAAGCAAAUACCUGCCCCUAUCAAAUCUGUUCACCAGCCAUUCCCAGAGCUAAUAGAAAAGGACAGAAAAACUGACAUGUUCAAGAAAUCAAGGUAUGUGGAAGACCAGAUGGAAGCCAUCUGGAAUGCUGAUCAGUCAACUUCAAGCUACCCAAUUGCUGAGAAGACAUCAAUGCAUUCACUGUGGGCCCAGCUGGGUGGGUACCCAGCUCUUCCUAUGCUGCUCCAGUUAGAUGUUCAGUCUACCUUCAGAAAAUCUCUGGCAUCCAUUCAAUCAAAGUAAGUUAAGGACUGGGAGCAGUCUGAUAACUGGGCCUUUGG